AUGAUACCACCAUACCUCCAGCCGGUAGGAGCUGGAGAGCUGGAGCUGAAUCCCGACUCAGGCCUGAGUGCCCUGGAAGGCCGCGGCCUCCUUCGGGAACCUUCCCGCGGCCAACCAGCUCUCAGGAUCCCCAUCUCCACCGCAGUCAGCACCGCAAAGAAGGAAGACAUAAAGCAGAGCGUUAGAAAGCUACUCAACAGACAUAACAUCGUGUUCGGGGACUACACGUGGACUGAGUUCGAUGAGCCUUUUCUGACCAGAAAUGUGCACUCCGUGUCUAUUGUCGACACGGAGUUAAAGGUGAAAGACCCCCAGCCCAUUGAUCUGGGUGCCUGCACAAUUGCACUUCACGUCUUCCAGCUGAAUGAGGGCGGCCCCAGCAGUGAGACUCUGGAAGAGGAGACUGAGAACAUCACUGCAGCAAGUCACUGGGUCCUGCCUGCAGCGGAAUUCCAUGGGCUUUGGGACAGCCUGGUAUAUGAUGUGGAAGUCAAAUCUCAUCUCCUUGACUAUGUGAUGACGACUUUGCUGUUCUCAGACAAGAACGUCGACAGCAAUCUCAUCGCCUGGAACCGGGUGGUGCUGCUGCAUGGUCCUCCGGGAACUGGAAAAACAUCCCUGUGUAAAGCAUUAGCCCAGAAACUGACCAUUAGACUUUCAUGCAGGUACCGGUAUGGCCAAUUAAUUGAAAUAAAUAGCCACAGUCUCUUUUCUAAGUGGUUUUCGGAAAGUGGCAAGCUGGUAACUAAGAUGUUCCAGAAGAUUCAGGAUUUGAUUGAUGACAAAGAUGCUCUGGUGUUUGUGCUGAUUGAUGAGGUGGAGAGUCUCACGGCUGCCCGCAAUGCUUGCAGGGCAGGCACCGAGCCUUCGGAUGCCAUACGCGUGGUCAAUGCCAUCUUGACCCAGAUCGAUCAGAUUAAGAGGCACUGCAACGUGGUGAUUCUGACCACUUCCAACAUCACAGAGAGGAUCGACGUGGCCUUCGUGGACAGGGCUGACAUUAGGCAGUACAUUGGACCGCCGUCUGAAGCAGCCAUCUUCAAAAUCUACCUCUCAUGUUUGGAAGAACUGAUGAAGUGUCAGAUCAUAUACCCUCGCCAGCAGCUGCUGACCCUCCGGGAGCUGGAGAUGAUUGGCUUCAUUGAAAACAACGUGUCAAAGUUGAGCCUCCUUUUGAGUGAAAUUUCAAGGAAGAGCGAGGGCCUCAGUGGCCGUGUCCUAAGGAAACUCCCUUUUCUGGCUCACGCACUGUACAUCCAGGCCCCCACUGUCACCAUCGAGGGCUUCCUGCAGGCCCUGUCUCUGGCAGUGGACAAGCAGUUUGAAGAAAGGAAGACGCUCUCGUCUUGCAUUUGAUCUGAGCUCCCUGCCUGUGGGUCGCAAGUGACGUUACUGCUCACGGCAGCAGCUGCCCAGAAGUCUCCAAACACUCGGCGCACGUCUCUAGGCCAGAAGCUCCUGAGGCUAAGCAGGGUUCAAA